AUGAUUACCAUGAGUCGAGGUCUUAGUAGUGAGGAGCGGCUCGAAAGAUUAAAGGAGCUAAAACUGCUCAAGGAGCGUGCUCUUGAGGAGAAUGAAAAGGAGCUGCAACGAGAGAUCAGACAGCUCAAGGAGGAACAGAAACUACGAGCUGCUGCAGCUCGAAAAGACGUAGAAGAAAUCGAGACAGAACCACAAAAUCAGGGAGCGAACUGCGAACGUCUUCGAAAUCUGCGCUACACAAUUGAACAAGACGAAGCGUGGCAUGAGAAGCUGGAGGCCGGCAAAACAGCGGCCGAAGACAGAGAGUUCCAGAAUUUCAAGCAGCUCGCUCGCCAGACAUACACAAAAGGCCUGAAAAAUCUGAAUCCGCUAGAUCCAGAGCAGUACGAGGCCCAGAAACAGAUAUACUUCGAAAUGAAGAAAGAAGGAAAGUCCGAUUCAGAGAUAAUCAACUCCCUGACUAGCAGAGAGAGGCUCAACCAGAUGGUGGAUCAAUUAAAGGAGCGCGAGACUACCACGGUUAAAAGACGGAAAACGGCGCAGGAUCGCCAGAACUUUAUCAACGACAAAAACAAGCAGUUCAACGAUAAGCUGGACAGACAUUACGACGAGUAUCUGUCUGAUCUGAAGGAGAGCAUCCAACGAGGGUCCUCACUUUGA